AUGGCCUUCAACUUCAACUGGUCGCCUCUGACGGCGGACGCGGGGUUCUAUAAGCGCGCCCGCGACCUCCUGACGACGGCCCUGAACAAGUCCCCGAAGCCGCCCAUCAUCGUCGACGACAUUAUCGUCACAGAGUUCAACCUGGGGUCCGUGCCGCCAGACCUGGAGAUCCUUGAGAUUGGUGAUCUGGCCGAGGACCGGUUUAGGGGCAUCUUCAAGAUGUGCUAUUCCGGGGACGCCUUCUUGACGCUCAAGACGAGAGUGCAGGCGAACCCCCUGAACACAUGUCUCUCAGCGAAACCGAGCUUCACGUCACCACAGCCGCUAGCGGCGGCAUCAAGCUUGACGAUACCCUUGCAGAUCACGUUAUCCGAGAUCAAGCUCUCGGCAUUCAUCAUCUUGGUCUUCUCGAAACAGAAGGGGUUGACGAUUGUGUUCCGAAAUGACCCCCUCGAGUCUCUCAAGGUCUCGUCGACCUUUGACUCGAUCCAGUUUGUCCGUGACUACCUGCAAAGGACGAUCGAGGGCAAGCUGAGGGAGCUGUUCAUGGAAGAACUGCCCGCUAUCAUCCACCGUCUGUCGCUCCAGCUCUGGUGUCCCGACCAGAUCGCCAAGGAGGAUGAAGAGGCCGAGGAGAGCGAUGAGCCCGGUGUGAACCCGCUGGCCACGCCGCCGCUGGAUGCUGUGGAUCUUCAUGGCCACCUGUUGGACCCCACCGCCAUCUCGGAGUUGUCUCUUGACGGGGGGCCCGAGGCCCAGCUUUUGUUCUCACAAAAGACCCUCUCGCGUCUCUCAGACAUCACCAACUCCCAGGUGACAUCGUCCCUCGACACAUCGGAAACCACAGAUGUUCUGUUUCGGGCAUGGGCCGGGCCGGACAAGAUCGACCCCAACAACACGCCGCCAUUGUCGACGCCCAACCUGGCGAGGUCAUCCUCCUAUGCGAGCCCUCACACGUACACCUUCUCAGACAACGGUUCACAAGAUCAAGGCUCGAUGUCCUCGAGACCUUCGUUGGUUCACCUCAACUCGGCGACUGCUGGCUUGUCUCUCGGCUCGGGCCGGCACAGCAAGGCCGGCCGAAAGAAGAAGACGCGCGUCGUUAACCUCCGCCGCAAGGCCGAGACAGAACCCAACAGCGAGCAGGAAGAUGAGGGGACCUUUGAAGAUGCGUCGACCGGCAUGCCGGCAUCCGAGCCCACGUUGCCUCACCCGAUCCUCGAGGUUCCGGAGGAGGACCCGAUGUUGAGCAAAGUUCGCUUCGGCCGUCAGUCACCAGACCCUCAGCAACAGCAGCAGCACACGGCACGGGGCCCCUCAUUUCGAGCCGCAGAUGCAGCAGCCAUCCCCUCCGCGGACAUGGCUAACCUGAACCUGUCCUCGGCAGCACCCACACCAGCAAAGUCGUCCGAAAAGCAGCCACAAGCAUCUCUUGCUACGGGGGCCAAAAGCGACCUGAAGCGCCCGACCUCUUCCUCUUCCCGCCUAAUGUCCGACACAUCCUCCGUCAUUCUCGAACAAGCCUGGAUCAUGAAAAUGGCCGGCGAGAUUGCGCGGCGGGUGUACGACGAGAAGAACGGCAACCCGCCGUUUUGGGACGACGGCCGCGACGACGCGCCCCCACCGGCGUACGAGGCGCAGUAA